ACCCUUCAAUACCCACCUCAACUCAACAAGCAGAGAGAGAGAUAGAGAGGAAGUUAGAGAAAGGAAAUGGCUUCCACAUCCAGCAGGCUGGUUGCAGUGUUUCUGUGCCUAAACAUUCUCUUUUUCAGCUGUGUAUCUGCAUGUGCAUCAUGCAGAUCAAAGUCUCCACCCGCCACCUCUUCACCGCCUCCCCCAGUUCCCGCAACCAGCCCCCCGUCGUCCAGCAAGUGCCCCGUGAACACCCUGAAGUUGUCAGUCUGCGCUAACGUGCUGAAUGGCCUGGUGAACGCGGUCAUCGGCGAGGGCAGCAAGCAGUGCUGCAGCCUCAUCAAGGGCCUGGCCGACCUCGACGCAGCAGUUUGCCUCUGCCUUUCCAUCAAGGCCAGCAUUCUCGGCAUCAACCUCAACGUUCCUGUCGCCCUCAGCUUGCUCCUCAACGAAUGCGGCAGAGUGGCCCCUUCUGGCUAUCAGUGUUAUUAAGCUUAUGUUUCUGCUUGUGCCCACGUCCUGAAUCUGUUUCAUUUUCGUUUUCCCUUUUCUCUUCUUUAUCUUUCUCUGCUUUUGUGUAAUGGGGAUGGCUUGGACUUCUGUUAUUGGUUGUUGGUGUCCUGCAGACUAGGUCCUUAGGUUUGCGUGUACGUGUUAUGAGAAAUUUCUCACUUCAAAAAUGAAUGGUGUCCCACAUAUAUAUGUAGUAAAUGUGCUUCUUGUGUCCAAUAUUGUAGCAUUGCUGCUUGCAAUAAAUUAAGCUUUCUAGUGUGGAAGGAAA